ACAUUAGGAAUGAAUUGAAUGAGUUUGCAGUAAGAUCCAAAUGCAGAAUGAUUUAAAUAAUUACAUAAAAUAAUGGGAAACAAUACAAAUGAAAGAGCUUAACUACCAAGGAGAGGGUAGACACUUGGACCAGGUGAGAACAGAAAAGUAUAAAUUAUAUGGUAAGACUCCAACAACAAUACUGAUGUAUGACAAGACCUUGAUGUCAAAAAUAAAUCCAGAAAUAUUAGGAAGAAAACACAAAUGAAUCAUGACAAUAAUUGAUAUGACUUGACUUGUGAGAUUUUGUUUAACAAUGACUGGAUUCAAAUAAGUCCUGCCUUUUUUAAGUCAAAAGACAAAUGCAAAUGUUUUACAUUUACAUUUGUCUUUUUCCCUCUCCAGACAAAUUAUUAGGUUCCCAAAGAUUCAAAAUGGCAAAGAAAAUAAUAAUAGUGGCCCUUGCAGUGCUGCUGUUAGCAUGCCUCGCCACAUUUCUGGGUGUUUUCUUUGGUCUGAAGAAAGACAGAGCGAAUGGCUCCUAUAAGGCAGCAGUAGCAGCAGAUGCAGGCCCCUGCUCAGAGAUUGGCAGGGACAUUCUGCUGAAAGGAGGAUCUGCAGUGGAUGCCUCAAUAGCGUCGCUGCUAUGUGUUGGAUUAAUGAACGCUCACAGUAUGGGCAUAGGAGGAGGUCUUUUCUUCACCAUCUAUGACGCAAAAACUGGGAAAGUUGAGGUAAUCGAUGCAAGGGAGACGGCCCCUCAAAAUGCAACAAAGGACAUGUUUGGAAACAGCACAGAAUUGUCCCGGAAAGGAGGGUUGUCCAUUGCUGUUCCCGGAGAGGUUCGGGGUUAUGACAUGGCCCACAAACGACAUGGCAAACUGCCCUGGAAAGAUUUGUUUCAGCCAAGCAUUGAACUUGCAGAAAAAGGAUUUCCACUGGGCAAGGCGCUGGCAAACGCUAUUGAUAGAAACAAGGAACUCAUCGUGAACGACACAGCCCUCUGUGAAGUGUUUUGUGCAAAAAACGGCGGCGUGCUGAAAGAAAAUGACAUCAUUAAAUUCACCAGGCUGGCAGGAACAUACAGGAAAAUAGCCGAGAAAGGAGCAGAGGAGUUUUAUACAGGACAACUGUCAGAUGAGCUUGUGAAAGAUAUUCAGGAUGCAGGCGGCAUCAUCACAAAGGAAGAUUUGAGGGAUUAUAAGCCUCUCUUGGAUGAAAGCCCUUUAAGGGUGAAUGUGGGGGAGUACGCCAUGGUUGUUCCCAAUGCCCCCGCUAGCGGCCCUGUGCUAUCGCUGAUAUUAAACAUCCUGAAUGGAUACAACUUCAGCGCAGACAGUAUGGCGACCAAGGAGAAAAAGAUCCUAACUUUCCAUCGCAUUGUGGAGGCCUUUCGCUUCGCUUAUGCAAAGAGAACUUUGCUUGGAGAUCCAAAGUUUCUCAACAUUGAAGAUUUGAUCAAGAACAUGACCUCCUCUUCAUAUGCUGCCAUCGUGCGGGAAAAGAUUACAGAUGAUACCACACAUCCCAUGGAUUACUACGAGCCACAGUUUUGGCUUCCUGAAAACCACGGGACGUCUCACCUGUCCGUCGUUUCAGAGGACGGGAGUGCGGUGGCUGCCACCAGCACCAUAAACCACUAUUUGGGCUCAAAAGUCAUGUCAGGAUCUACAGGAAUCAUUCUUAACAAUGAGAUGGAUGACUUCAGCUCACCAUACAUCAAUAAUGGGUUUGAUGUUCCUCCAUCCCCAAACAACUUCAUCAUUCCAGGGAAAAGGCCGAUGUCGUCUAUGUGUCCAACAAUCCUUUUUGACAAAAACAACAAUGUCAAAAUGGUAGUCGGAGGUUCAGGAGGAACAAAAAUCACUACUUCAAUCGCUCAGGUGAUUCUCAACGCGCUCUUCUUCAACUUCGAUGUUGAUAAAGCCGUCUCAGACCCAAGGUUACACAACCAACUAAGUCCCAACACCACUCAGGCGGAGCCUAAGUUUGACAAAGAAAUCGUGGAUGGUUUGGCAAAGAAGAACCAUGAGACGGCGUUCCUCACAUCAUCAGGAGCCGUGGUGCAGGCUGUGGUGCGUCAUAAAAACACGCUGUUCGCCAAGUCAGAUCCUCGUAAAUGGGCGUACGCUGCCGGGUACUGAGGCCAUAAAUCCUUUGCUGAUUAUGACGUCCCAGUAACAGUUUGAACUUUAACACUUUUCACACAACAUUAGAGACCAGAGAUGAUGAGUUCAACGAAGCCAAACGACCUUCGUCAACAGACUGACUCAGCGGAUUUUGCGUGUACUGACUUAUGUUUGCUGUUUUUUUUUUUUUUUUUUUUUACAAAAUAGCACUUAUGUUAAUUCUAAUCUCUUCUUUAUUUAUAGACAAUUUAAUUUAUUAGCAACCAUUUUUUGAAAAUGUAGUGUUAUAGUUUUGUUCUAAUCCAGUGUAAUUUAAAAGUUAUUUGUGUUCUUUCUGGUACCACUAGCACUACUGAGCUGAUGUCGAGCUGUUUUUGGUUGUUGAGCAGAAUUGUAAGAAAAGGAAUAACAAAGGGCUCAGACUGUAACAAGCCGUUCCAGGAGAAAAAAUAAUGGCCACAAUAAUUUCCUAACACCCAGAGUGCAGCGACCUACAAUGACCUUAUCUCAUUAUAUUUGCUGCUUCCUCUUACAACUAUGUCUUUCAUUGCCUGAACUAGGAAGUAUUAGAAAGUGCUCUUAUCACUUUUAUUUUCUUCUUGAAAUCAUAAAGCUUUACAAGAAUACUAUAUUAUUACAGUAAUUACUGUAAUAAUUACAGUAGUAAUACUGUAAUUAUUACAGUAAUUACUGUAAUAAUUACAGUAGUAAUACUGUAGCAAUUACAGUAGCCAUGGCAACGCUGAAGAAUUAAAGAGAAUUUAACCAGCCAAUCACAUGACUCUAUCCCAAUGGAGUCCUUAAUGGCGGGCAUUUCCAAUCCAGAUGUUCAGCAGAACCUCAUGAUCUAGCUCUGGAUGGAUAAUUGUUUUUUACAUCUUCAUAACUGAAUGUGUAAGUUAUACUGUAAUACUGUAAUGCUGUAAUACUGUAGUAAUACUGCAUAUCAUGGGCCUACUGUCAAAGAAAUAUGCGAAGGUAACAUAGUUACUGAAGGUAACAUAGUUACUUGAUUAUGCUGUAAGAUGGCUGUUAGGGAAUCACUAUGAGAAAAUCCAUAAUAUUGCAUAAUAUCCAUAACUUUGACAUAAUACUGAAAUGAUAAAUAGUUGGGAACAGUGAAAGUAAUGACCUGUCACUAUUUGUCCAAUGGUGCUACUGUGGUAAAGGUUUUGGGGGCACUGACAUCAUUUUAUGUGAAUAUUUUUUUCUCUUGACUCCAGAGCAAAGCUCUCACAGAAUAUAUAUUUUUGUUGUUUAUUGACUAAAAGUAUGUGUUUCUUUUAAUAGCCCUGGAUUGUUUUCUAUUUAGUAACCAUCAAGGUCGGCUCACAUGAGGAGCUACUCUGGUUUCUGUAGCUACACAUUCCCACGAACAUUUCUCAGAGCUGAUCUGGACACGUUCCACUGGGAGGAAGAUUUGGGGCAGACCCAGGACUAGAUGCAGCUCAUAUAUCUCUUGGCUGACCCCAGAAUGAGGCCCCCAGCAACAGCAGAAAAAAGGCAGCGGGAGAGAGAGUGAAAGCUGCACAGAACUGCUGACUGUUCCCAACACGAAGACUUUCUUACUCUAACUUGAAAAGCAUGGUGACAAAAGUGAAGACAUGAUUGUUAAUCGUGAAAGGAGAAUAUUUAGGAUAUAUUUUGUAGUAAUAAAUAAACCUCUGUGAAAUCA